AGAGGGGUGAACCUGGCAUCAGGGGACCUCUGGGUCCACCAGGGCAAAGAGGGCCACCUGGUUUACCAGGCCUACCUGGUGAGAGGGGCCCACGUGGACCACCGGGUCACCAAGGGGAAACAGGACCUGCUGGCUUGCAAGGACUGCCUGGGCCCUCCGGACUGCCAGGGACUGAAGGUGUAGCUGGAAAGCCAGGCCUCUCAGGGAGCCAGGGGCCUCGGGGGCCACAGGGAAAACAAGGACCAAUUGGUUUGCCAGGUUCACUGGGAACAAGUGGAAUGGUUGGUCAAGCAGGAGAGAAAGGAGGGCAGGGUUUGCGAGGACCUUCAGGUGACCCUGGAUCUGUAGGAUUGGAUGGACCACAGGGCCAUCCUGGUCCAGUUGGUUUUGAGGGUCCAAUAGGGCCAAAAGGGGAACAUGGAUCACCUGGACCCAUUGGGAGGCCUGGUCCAAAUGGACCUCCGGGAGAACAGGGGCCUCAGGGCUCUCAGGGAAUGCAGGGUGCACCAGGACCACGUGGCAAAGAGGGAGGUAUUGGACCUCCAGGUGAUAUUGGAGAGCCUGGGCCUAAAGGACAAAAGGGUGACCCUGGACAUCGGGGAUUCUCUGGACGACAAGGCCCAUCUGGAUUUUUUGGGGACAGAGGAGAGCAAGGAGUGAAGGGGAAUAAAGGCUACAUUGGUCUACAAGGUCAGAAUGGAUUGAUGGGAAAGACUGGUCCAUCUGGUUUGAUGGGUCUAGAGGGUUUGAUAGGCCUUCGGGGACCACCAGGACAAAAUGGUUCACCAGGCCCAAAGGGGAAAACAGGAUUACCUGGGGUGCCUGGCCAUCCAGGAGAUCAAGGCAAUCGGGGAAUAGCUGGGCAGAGAGGCUUACAAGGGGUUAUGGGGAAGGCAGGAACUCAGGGAGCCGUGGGUCCCAGAGGCCCUGAGGGCUUAUUGGGUCCAAAGGGUAUGCCAGGACAAGAGGGACCUAAAGGUGAACCAGGAAGACAAGGACCUCCAGGGCAGAUGGGACCACCGGGCCUCCCUGGCACUAAAGGACCCUCAGCAUUACCAGGAAAGGAGGGACUUCCAGGGGAAAUGGGAGCUCAGGGCCCUGUUGGCCCACCAGGGCCACAAGGUCCAAAUGGCAAAUCUGGGCCUCAGGGAAGGGAUGGACCGAAAGGUCAGAAGGGAAAUGAUGGUCUAGAUGGACCUCCUGGAAAACCUGGGCAUGCAGGGAAGAGAGGGAAAAAAGGAAAAGCUGGUCAGAGGGGUCUCAGAGGACCUAGAGGGGAGAAGGGCCAACAAGGAGCAAUGGGAAAAACUGGACCUCCUAGCAAACCAGGACAAUAUGGUUUACCUGGCAUUCGAGGCGAGAAAGGAGAGAGCGGAAAAAAAGGUUUUGAGGGAGAGAAGGGGGCACUUGGACCACUUGGUCCUCCAGGGGGAGAUGGACUGAAGGGGGAACAGGGCCUACCUGGGGAAAAAGGGAGACAGGGGCUGAAGGGAGAGCAGGGGGAUAUUGGCCCAACAGGUCAAAGAGGGACCCCAGGUCUACCAGGGAUGCCUGGCCUGUUUGGAGAAAAGGGUUUAAAAGGAUAUCCAGGACUUGCUGGUCCAAAAGGAAAGAGAGGACCUCCUGGUCCACCAGGCCUUCCAGGUCCACCGGGCUUAUCUCUGAACCUAACACUGACUCAGCUAAAAGACCUCACAUAUCUCUCCGACAAGUCCAACUAUCCACUUAUUAAGACCCUGCUGGACUCCCUUCAGCAAGACCUGCGAUUCUUCAUAGAUCCUCCAGAUGGAACUAAGGAGCAUCCGGCCACCACCUGCUUGGAGCUGAUGAUCAGUCAUCCUAACUUAACCAGUGGAAUGUAUUAUAUCGACCCAAAUCAGGGAAGUCCUGCUGAUGCUUUGCUGGUUUAUUGUAACUUCAGUGCAGGUGGACAAACAUGUUUGCCACCCCUGCAGCCACAAAUCCCCGUGAAAUCAUGGCUCAAAGACACCAUGCCGGACUCAUUUACAUGGUUGAGCACUAUAGAUGGCGGCUUUCAGUUUGAUUACAUGGAAACUGGUGUGGUACAAAUGAGAUUCCUACGACUCAACAGCAAGUUUGUGAAGCAGAACAUCACAUUUUUAUGCCAGCCAAACAGCCACCAGGGAUCCAAUGAAAGAGACAUCAAGUUCCUUGCAGAUUCAAGAAGACAGAGCUUCUUGGGGACAUUACUGGAUUGUGAACCUGUAGGGUCACCGGAUACAGGCCCUCGCGAGUCUGUGUUCCAGUUUGAGACUGAAGACCUGGAGCUUUUACCAAUCAGAGAUCUGGCUUUAUUUGGCCACAGUGACACAACAGAACAGUUUCAGUUUACUGCAGGACACAUCUGCUUCAGCUAAAACACAAACACUCUGUCAUUGAGGACUACCCUUACAGAGUAGCUUUCUGCUGAGAAAAGCAGAGCCAAGAACAAUUAGCAAAAACCAAUCAGGACUUUCUUUACUCUACUGUUCUCCAUCUGCUGUGGGAAUGGAGGUUCCUAAUUAAGUUUUCACCUUCAGUUUACAGUGUACCUUCAGUGCAGUAAACUGAUUUGUUGUCUAGUGGCUACAGCAAUCUGGUGCGCUGCUUCUCAUGAGGAGAUGUAAUAUAUUGUUGCAUAUCGUUUACAAUGCUUGUUCUCUGUUAAAUAACUGAUUAUUUAUAUAAUUCCAGGAUGUUACUUGUCACAUUUUAAGAACAAUUCACUUCCACAAACCCUGAUUUCCU